CUGAAAUUUGGUUAUACAAACAUAGAAAAGAUGUUACACUGUCCACAUGACAUGACACACUGGAAUGAGGAGGAUAGUAUGGAGACCGAUUCAGCGCCAAUCAGCAAUCAAUCUGCCUUAUUUAGUAAAAAAGAUGCCAAAGGAUUGGUUACUUCUAAUCCCAUCAUUAGCAUAUUUGGUUAUUCUGUAAAUAAAAUGACAGCUGGACUGAAGAAAGUGGAAGUCAUAAAAGCAUCAUUUGUGAGUCCAUUUGAAAAGGUAACCAAUCGUUUAAAAAUCACUGAUCUCUCGCGUUACCUACCAAAUAAAGUUAUUAUUACAUAUUUUUUGACCUCCGUGCAUGCGACCGGACCUGUAUGUUAGAAAUUCCUGGACCAAUCACAAUCAAACUUCACACAUACAUCAUACAUAAUACAUCUCUCAAUACUCAAUCAUUUUAAUGUUAAACAAUCAUCAUAAUCAUAUUCCUGACAUAUUUAUGUUCCAGCUAUAUUACUAUAAACAAAACUAUAUAUCUAAAAUUCGAUAACUAACGGGG